AUGGCAACACCUACACUGCAGCGCGACCAGACCGUACUGCACAUUUCCCCGCUUUCAAUGAGCUCGAGUGGGAACCUGUUAAUGCAACAGCAGUGGAAAUCACCGAUAGCUAAGAAUCAUAGAUUGCCUAGAAAAUACAAGAACAGUGGCAGGUUCCAUCAUCACUUGUCACCGUCACACACUCAUGCAGGAUUCUCAAGUCGACACGAAGCGGUGGAAAUCGACACGAGUGUCCAGAAGCGACGACGCGUUGUAGCACCAACGUUGCCUCCGCCUCUUUACGAACCAGAGUACGGACUGACUGUAUUUGAAACGUCAAAGUCACCCAUGGAUUCGAGAGAUAUCCCCCGUAUCGAGCAUUUGACAAAAGGCAGUGUGUCCGCGCCUCGACAGCGCGACAUUCGAAGCAAUUUGAGCGACAUGGAGAAAUACGUUUCGCCUGUUACGGUCAACUCACGUAUUAUUUACAGUGAGAGGGAAGGAGUCCUCGGAACGACUGCUUUUGCUACUAAGACCAAGACACCGAGGAGAGCUUGUUACAAGCACACAAAUGUGGAAAAUCGCGAUUCUUUUCCUGUUACGACGCUGGUGAUUCAGUCCAAGGAGCUCCGUAAGUCCAAUAGUCUCGUGCGCAAUCGCCACGACGAGGUCGACUGGGUUGCAACGUUCCUGAACGUAGGCUUCGAGUCGUCUAGUAUCUACGCGCUAAUGUGUCCUCUGCGCAAGGGUCGCUGGAAGCCAGAGGAAGAAAGUUAUACCAUGGGGCUGCUACGACUCAUAGAAAACGGAACGAUACUGCUACGCCAUGGCCACAGCAUCCGUGGAUACAUUGGCGAGAAGCUGCAUAGUGACGACAUGCGAGUGCUCAAGAAGCUUAGCAAUUGCAAGAUGUUUCAUUUUGUCAAGCUCAUCAAUCCGAGACUUGCAGAAGAGGAGAAAGUGGACAUGAGUGUGGUUGGUGCUCCGGAAGGACUAGAGCGAUUAGAGCAGCUCAAGGGUGACUUUUUGCGUUCCAUACAACUAGAGGCACUCGUGGCUGUGCGUAAACAUCUGAACGACAGUUCCUUAUGCGAUCUGGUAAACACGCGUGCCUGA